AUGAAGCUACUGAGGUCUUCCUUGAUCCUGGCCGUGGCGUUAAGCCUGGCCACGGCAGAGGAGAAGGCGGAGAAGGACACUAAGGCUGAACCAAAAGCCGCAGAGGAAACAAAGAGACAAGACAAAAGAGGAUUAUCGGAGUACUAUGGUGAUCAUGGAGACUUUGGUGGCGGCGACUUUGGUGGCGGCGACUUCGGUGGAGACUCCUUCGGGCACGACUUCGGAGGAUCGAUCGGCGGCGGCAGUGAGGGGCAUGGACACGGCCACGAGGAACACCACGUCCACAAAACCAUCACUGUAGUCAAGAAAGUUCCCGUGCCAUACCCAGUCGAAAAACACAUCCCCGUGCCAGUGGAGAAACGUGUGCCCUACCCUGUCAAGGUGCACGUACCCCAGCCCUACCCCGUCGUCAAAACCGUCCACUUCCCAGUCAAAGAAUACAUCAAAGUACCCGAAUACAUCCCUAAACCAUACCCCGUGACGAAACACGUGCCUGUUCCCGUGAAAGUUCACGUCGACAACCCUGUUCCAGUGAAAGUGUACGAACACGUCCCCUACCCCGUCGAGAAGCACGUGCCAUACCCGGUUAAAGUGCCCGUGCCUCAUCCCUACCCUGUAGAGAAGAAAGUGCCGUUCCCCGUGAAAGUACCCGUCAAGGUGCCAGUACCAUACCCCGUUGAGAAAAUUAUCCACUACCCAGUACAGAAGCCCGUGCCUUACCCAGUUAAGGUUCCAGUUGACAACCCAGUGCCAGUGCACGUCGACAAGCCAGUACCAGUCCCCGUCAAAGUGCCUUACCCUGUCCCAUACCCAGUAGAGAAAGUUAUUCCCUACCCAGUAGAAAAGAAGGUGCCGUACCCAGUGAAGAUCCCCGUCGACAGGCCAAUCCCUGUACACAUUGAGAAGCAUGUGCCUUAUCAUGUUGAAAAGCACGUGCCUUACCCCGUGAAGGUACAUGUGCCCAUUAUUCACCAUGAACAUCAUCAUGAGCACCAUGAGGAGUCCCACCAAGAGUCACAUGGUGAGGCGAAGGUCUCGGCGGCGGAUUCGAGGGUGGCCACGAAGGAGGCCUAG